UAUUCACAAAAUCGAAUAAUGUAGCAGUUGCAUACUAUUGCUACUAAACGUUUUCCAUAUGUACCCCCUCGAUAUGUACGAUUUUGCACAGCCAUCUAGGCACUCACUCAUAGGUCGCGUCAGUGUUGAUUUCGAAACGUAAUGCUAUAAAACGAAUGUUCGGAUUGGUAAAAAAAAUGAAGAUCCUACGAUUGAAGAAAACGUAGCAACCAAUCACGCGUCUCGUUUCAAAGCACGGGCAAUACCGUUAGAAGCAUCACGACAAACUUCUUAUAAUCCGCGUCGCCAUUUUGCGUCUGAUAUUUCCCGUUCUCGCGUAAGCAGUUCAACUGCGUGUGUGAUUUCGCGAACAGUGUACAGUUUUUCCUUUGUCCAACGGGAUAAGUAAAAGUUUCGCAAGAUGCUACGUUAAGAGUUGAUGGUUGUGAGGCAACUUGAGGACGAGUUGAGGAUCAACUGUGCAGAGCCGAAGACAGAAAGGGAGAGAAAGAAGCUGAGGAAGGCAGGAAAAGGAAGAAAAAUUGUUGAAAGGAGCGAAACUAGGCAAGAUGACCUCAACCAAGUCCAAGGAGAUUGCUGACGAAUACAUAUCGUCGCUCUCUGAUCUGACAAUAAACAGCAAGCCACUGAUUAACAUGCUCACCAUGCUGGCAGAGGAUAAUGUCGAGCACGCACCUGCGAUCGUCCAAGCAGUCGAGAAUCACUUGCAAAAGGUGAGAAGCGAGAUCAAACUACCCGUCCUGUAUCUCAUCGAUUCCAUCGUCAAGAACGUUAAUGGAGCUUAUCUUAGCCUCUUCACACAAAACAUCGUUAAUACUUUCUGCUGCGUUUUCGAUAAGGUGGACGAAAAUACACGUUCGAGCAUGUGGAAACUGAGGCAAACGUGGAACGAAGUAUUUCCGGCCAAGAAAUUGUACUCUCUCGAUGUCAGAGUUCAAAGUAUCGAUCCAGCUUGGCCGAUCACGACGCCACCGCCGCAGAUAUCGUCCGGUUCUAUACACGUAAAUCCACGGUUUUUGGUGUCGACUCCUACUACACCAACUCCACCCAUAGGACAAUCGCCAAGCGUCUCCUUGACGAGCAAUGACUCGACAUCGAUGAGCGAAGCCGUAAUGAGGGAACAACUACUCAAGAAAAAACGUGAACUCUUGGAAUUGCAAAAACGCAAGCUCGAUCUCGAAUUACUGCAAGCUGAAACGAGCCUGGAACAACAACGUCGACAAUUGGACAAACAAGUUGCCGGUGCAUCUAGUGUGGUUGUGCCCACAGCUCAUGUGAUACCAACGACUGAUGUUUCACAGCCGAAACCUGUUGCACCUGUAGUCCCUAGUCAAGCUACUAAGCUAGUGGCCAAACAGUUCCCAGCAGCUGCCGCGUCUCUGUUGAAGAACGUUGGAAGUGCAAACGGUCCCCGAAUAGCGCCUGCGAGUAGUAUAGCGGUCGCAUCGGCUCGUCCAGUCUCACGCGAUCCCCGAUUGAAGCCGUUGCCAUCGGUCGGAGACCAAGGAAGCGGUUCAAUAACGGAUCCUCGUUUGCGUCCGAUCUCGUCGUCAGACGUACAUCAAAAGGUCCAACAACCAGUAGCAUCAGCAGCAGCAGCAGGAGGAGGUGGCGAUGGAAGAGGUGGCGAAGGAGCAGGAGGGGGAGCAGCAACAGCAGCGGCGGCGGCAGCGUUAGCGUUAGCGUCAGCAACGACAACGAGCAUAAGCACUGUACUUUCAGACCAAUUAAAACAGCAGUUGAUAACGAAACAGGCUGUGACUAGCGCAAUGAGCAAGCCUUUGUCGAAUAAUGCCGGGUCAGAUUUCGCGUCAACGUUUUUGAACGCUAGUAAUAACGAUAAUCCUAUUUCGGCACACGAAAAUGCCAACAACAACAACAACAACAACAACAACAAUAAAACACUAAGUGGUAUAACGAAUAAAGAGGGUGUAACGCAUCGUGCGAGCCAAAAGAAAGAACCCAGAACGUCUAGUAAUAAUAACGCUAACAAUAAUAGUUCAAAAAGUAUUCAGUCACAAUCACAAACGGCGGGUUUAUCGACAUUAGCUGGUAGCGCUGGUGGUAGCUCAACUUCUUUAACGAGCAUGAAUUCUUCAACGUUGAUGUCGGGUCUGCGAGGAAGUGGAAGCGUCAUUGGUGAUUCAAAGUCGCGAGAAACGACGAAGAGCAGCCGUGGUAGCGGCGGCACUUCAUCCUCGUCGAUCGAUAAGUCUUCCACUUCCUCAAAGUCUUCGCACCGAAAAUUAGGGAACAAAACUCGUUCGAAACAACCUCAAGCGUCUCCGAGUAAGAUAUCGAAAAUCGAUCGCGAAUCGAGCCCCACCACCAGCACCGGCAGUAGCCCCGUUAGAUCAAAAUCUCGCGAAAACGAAAACAGUAAUUCCAUUGAGCCUAACAACGCAGCUUCUUCCAUCACGAAUCGCACAUCACCGCUAGUGUCCUCAUCAUCCUCAACCUCGUCGUCAUCCUCCUUCCAAUCUUCGUCCAAGAGUCGUAGUAAAAAGAUCAGUCUCAAAUCGCGAAAACGAAGUCCGAGUCCACCUUACAGAAUACCCCGUCGUCAUAACGAUAGCAACAAAUCGUCGUCCAGCUCGAACAAUACUUCUGCCGUUGGUCUUACCGAGGAGGAACAGUCCGGUUCGUUGAUCGUAUCGCCUCCGCAUCCUCCCUCUACUUUCAAAGAUAUACGCGCCAAUACGAGAUUGAGAAAUUACGUCCGGCGAAAUAAGGACGAAGACAACAAUGACGACAAUCACGACGAUGAGGUGCUUCCCGAUUCAGGGAAUAAUCCUCUUCGUUCGGUCUCGCCGCAAGCCAAAAAAGAUAAUUCUUUGAUCGAUUCCACGAGCAAAGAUGAGGAUCUUAGAUCGUCCGUCAAUCUCCCCAAUUUAUCCGUUACAACCGGGGCAAUACCCGAAAAGAUAGAAGACUUGGAUCUACGAAUUCUACCUCCUGUCAGUUCUAAACGACACAGCUCCGAACACGCCGAGCCUGUAGUUACGAAAAAGUCUAAAGCUGAGAAGUUCGAUGCGUUGUUCGGAAAUGAGGACGUGGAUUUAAGAACAUUGACGCAUCCGAAAGCUGGUCGUCCACCGACACCGCCACCGCCAGUCAUAUCGGGUGAAGACGGUAAGGACAGUUGGGCGAAAUUAAAGACCCCGAGCAAGGGUGAUCGAGAGAAACAGGCGGGUAGCGGUGGUGGGGGUGGUAACAACGAGGAUAAACGGGACCGCGAUCGUAACAAAGAUCGUUUGGGGCGGCCAAGAUUAUACAAUAAAUUGCCGGACGAUCCGAAGGAGCGUAGAAGAACUCUGUCGUCGGAAGAGCCGGAAGUCCGACCGAAUCGUCGUGGCUCUCGCGGUGGUUGCGACAACGAUAAAAUGGAGCGGAACAGCGAUCGAAAUAUCGAAAUAAUAAUGAAGCAAGCUGCGGAACAAUUGAAGCAAGGCUGUAUAUCCAGUAGCGAUUAUAACACGUUGAUUCAAGAGGUAUUGCACAUGAGCGAAGAUCAAAAAUUACGAGCGGCCCAACGAAAGGAGAAGGAAACGGUAAUCUGGGAGCCAGGAAUCAAUUUGGAGAUGAAUCGUAUAGGCGGCGAGCGUCCAGGAUCGGCGUUUAGCCCCUCUAUGGACGGGGGAGAUUUGCCGCGCUCCAAGGAUCACGGGCACCCCCGAAAUCGUAACGGUCCCCGUUGGCAACAGCAGAAUCAUCAACCGUGGCAACAGCCACCGGCUCCUUGGGCUCAUCCACCCGGGCCGUCUUUUCCACCGGUGCCACCUCCUCAAGGACACUUUAACACCGAUUUUCGACCAGUUGGGCCAUGGCAAAAUCCCCGCGCUUUUGGCCCUAUUAGACCCGACUACGUGCCCUAUCAUCGUGGCUUUAACGCUAACAUGCCGCCGAAUCCGCGCAUGGGUAUGAUGCCCGGUAUGGGAGUUCCCAACGGACCCAUCCUCAACAUCAUGCAAAAUGGACCGCUCGGACCUAUGGGAAUCUCGACCCCGCCGCCAUCGCUCCAAUUGCCCUCUAUCAACGGACCCAGCCCCAUCAUAAUCAACAGCGUGCCUCUGCAAUCCGGUCAAAUAACGAACAUGAUUGGAAACUCGAAUCUACCGCCUAUCACCCCUGUCGGCGCAGUCACCGCUGUCACUGGCGCCAACGCAACCGCGGUCGUUCGAACAUUAAUAUCCGACUCGUCGACGAUCCCGAAUUGUGACCUUGAGGACAGCCAAGAUUCUUCGAAUCUCAGGCAGAACAGUAGCGAAUUACCAUUACCUGAUCCGAAACAACUUGAAGCAAUUGCCAAUGAUCGCAUGAAAUCAAUAGAGAUCGAUGGCGAACCCAGAGAAAUUCGAUACUAUGGACAAACCGGAAUUGUUUUUAUGAAAGUUGAUGAUCCCAGAGAAAUUGGUUUCCAAGACGGUACCCGAAGAGUUCUUAUCGACGACAAAGAAACCAUUCUAUGCGCCUUUAACGAACCUUACAAAGAAUUCAUUUACGAGGGUCAAGUUCACAGAAUUCGAUUGGGUGGACCUUCCAGAGAACUGUAUAUAGACGAUCGAUGGUACGAGUGUUAUUUCGGUGGUUUGCCUAUAAAAGUAGACCUGGGUAACAAAAAAGUAAGUGUCAAGUUAGAAGGUCCUCCACCCCAGGUGAAAAUUGGAAGUGUCAAGCGGAGGGAACUUGUCGUCGGAAAAGUUCAUUUAAUUUUGGACGCAAGAGAAUUGGUACCAGUUUUCGUUGAUUCGAAACCGCAAAUCUUCGAGAUCGACGGCAAACCACAAAUUUUGGAAUUCAUCGACUGUCUGGAGAGAGUUUUACUUAACGGUCGACCAUUUAAAGUGGUAUUCGGUGGUUUGCCAACGUCGAUUAUCGUGCGUGGCAAAAAACACUUUUUCCGUUUUACCGUUUUGCCGCCCGGUAUACGUCCUGGAUAUGUGAAAAUUCUCGGAAUGCGAGGAGAACCGCCCAAGGAAUAUUCCCAAGAAAUGAUCCAGGAAAGCCCGGCAUCAACGACAAUUCCAAGUAUUCAGAGCGCCGAGCACGAUUCAGCCUCGCAAGAUAGCUCCGAAUUGAUCACCCCAGGCAUCAAUUCCGAAUUACAAGUCAACGCUUUGCCUUCGACGCUUGCGGCUCCGGUUGCUUCCCCAACCUCUACUGUGCCUUACAAAGCUGAAAUAACUGAAGCUACGACAACUCCUGCGCCACCGGUCCUAACUUUACCGCUCAAUAUGAACGAGCUUUUCCAGAGACUCGUUGAAACUGGAAUCGUUCCGAAUAUUACAGGACAGAAGAAACCAGACGAAGAAGAGAAAAAAGAACCGGUGAUACUCCCAGUCUCGUUUGAUAAACCGGAAACGCUUAAAGUUAAACAGCCGGCUAUCGCUUCGGCGUUGUAUAGUGGCAUACAAUGCAGUUCUUGCGGUGCUCGUUUUGCGCCUGAAUUGGCCACACGUUAUAGUCACCAUCUUGAUUGGCAUUUCCGACAAAAUAGACGGGAAAGGGACUCUGCGAGAAAAGCACACUCUAGACCGUGGUAUUAUGACGUUAGCGAUUGGAUUCAGUUUGAAGAAAUCGAAGAUCUAGAGGACAGAGCUCAAAGUUGGUUCGAAACGGAAAAACAAACGGCUGAGACUGAAGGAACCGCGACCGAAGAUUCACCCCAAGAAACAACCCAACCCAGCGUUCCAACUGGAUCUGAUGAAGAUUCUCGUUGUCAAGUCUGUCACGACGUUUUCGAGCAAUUUUAUAACGAAGAAAAGGAAGAAUGGCAUUUAAGGCCUACGGUUACGUAUGAAGGAAAAAAUUAUCACCCCAUGUGCCUCGAAGAUCACAAGGAGAAAUGUUUGUUGCGAUCGCUCGAAAAGUCGGCUCUGGCCCUUCUUGAGGAAGAGAAAAAAGAAGCUGCCGACGAAUCCACUACCAUGCCUGAAGAGUUAAAAGCUCUCGAGAGCGAAACUACCAAGGAAAAUACCGAUGCGGAAAUGAUCGAGGAGAAAAUACUUGAGGACAAAAACAUCGCCGAUGAAAGUGUUGAGAAUAACGCGAAUAACGAAAAUUCCAUCGCUAAGAGUGACGAUGAAAUGGAGAAGGUGAAGAUUUCGGAGGAGAGUUCUAACGAAGAGGCUCAGAAAAUAGAAGGAACGGAUAAGGAUAUUGAGGAAGACAAGUUGGAAGGUGGGGACGACGCGGUGCUUAAUAAUCUCGAAAAUAUCAAAAUUAAAGAAGAACCGAUCGAUCCGAUCGAGAGUGAGGAACUCCAGGAAGGUGAGAAUGGCUUCCAGUUUGGCAACGUCGAGAUUAAACAAGAACCUACCGAUCCCGAACCUGAUCACGAGGAGAGCAUGUUAGCUGAGUCAGCGGUCGUCGACACAACUCACACGGCUGUAAAGAGUUCGAUAGAUGGCAACGUGGAGUUGGACUCGGCGACAACAACGAUUCCGCCAGCUCCAUCGAGAAUCAAGAUCAACAUAACAAAACCGUUGGCCACGAAGGAGCCGGAUGAUUCAAAGGAGAAGCCAAAGGAUAAAUCAACUGGAGAAUCUUUACCGGAAGAAACCACAACACCGCUUGUUGCGGCCUCUUUAAAACCUGCGCUCCAAGGUAGGAAAUUGUCGAACUUGCCACCGAUCGAAAAAGGACACGAGCUCUCGGGGCUGUGUUCAAUUAUGUAAAUAUCAAUAUUUAUAAAGUGGAUGAAGAAAAUUUCCAUGAACUGGAGAGACAAAAAGCAACCAACUGCCGUGAUCGAAAUGAGGAAGACGCACCCGUAGUAUUUUAGAGCGUGAUUGACGAUCGGCUCUGGUUUUUCCCGUAAUUAUUUAAAUUCAUGAGCUUUUAAAUCGUGUGAAGAAAGAAAAAAGAAAAAGAAUAAAAGUUAAUUAACUGAAAAACCAGAUUGGAUUAUCACUGAAUGUAAAGCUCGUACGGCAUGAUAAGUUUUAUUCUUUCGAGUGAGGACAUUGAAACGAAUGAUUUAUAAUCCUAUUAUUGCACUUAAUUUAUAACACGGGUUGAACUUGAUAAAUUUAUCGUUUGACAUUUCACGCUUACUGCGAAGUAGUGAACAAAGAACAAAUAAUAACUUCGGCUAAACUUUCUUUCGAAAAGAAAGUGCAAUGAAAAAUCGUGUGAAUUCUGAAUCACACUAAAAGUUUCGACCAGCAGAUUAGUCUCAUCACGUCGUACAAGCUACUGUUAAUUUUUAAUUUUAUUGUGUAUUUUACCUUCGAUUGUUUCUUGUCGUAAACAGUCUAGGUCGGGAAAAUGAAACUCCAGUGCGCGCGGCGUAUAGAUAUGUUCGCGAGUGUGAAGACCUCGACGGGGACAAAGAACCGAACGAAGGUCGUUGAAACUGUAAAUAUUUAGGGUUAAUUUCGUCGACGUAAUUUCUGAGUUGAAAAAAAAAUGUAAACACAGUGAAUAGCAUUCCUCGUAGUAUUGCGCGCAACUCUGAGAUAAUUUUUUAUCCUGAGACGCAGCAAUCCGUAUAUGCACAAAGACUUGUGAACGAAUGAAAAGAACAAAGGAAAAUAUUUCUUACGAUUUGUACUUUGCGAACAGUAUGAGAAGAAACAGUGUUUCGUAAGCUUUUUUUUUACACGGGUUUUCUUUCCCGUUACGGAUGGGUGAAAUUGAACGAAAGAAAGCAUUAUUACGAAGUGUGAGCGAAAUUUUUUUUUUCUUUUUUUCACUCCGUCGUUGGUUAUGUACAAAAUGUGUGAUAUACGAUUAUCAAUUGUAUUGUACAUAAAAGUAAUAAUUGUAGGUGAUAAGUUCAAGUGAAAAACGAAAUAUUUGAGCGAUUCAAAUUUUUCGUAAACAAUUUCGAUGAGAGAAAAGAUUAUUUUGUUGUAUGAAAAGAAAAAGAAAAGAAAAAAAUAAUUGUUGAUCACUCGAGAGUUUUUGACUUUCAUUGGUCAUCUGUUUAUCAAACCCAAUACUUGCUAACCUUUUUAGUGAUAAUUUAGAGGCCUGUAUCAACUUUAAUGAAAGAUAUUAAGCGACAUUGCAAGAACGACGAAACAAAGAAAAUGAGGAACCGGCAGGGGCCCGAGAACUCGCCCAGGAUACCCUUGGAUAUCAAAGCACAACCUAUGCCAGUUAUUCGAAUUAAGUAUCACGAUAGUCGAUGGGAAAGAAAAGUUCAUCCGCGUAGUUUAGUUUGGAGCUUCGUAUAGAUUAUGCAAAUAAAAAUAAUAAAAAUAAGGCAACAGAA